UGAGGAAGCCAGAUCGUAUCUUCUCAUCCAUCCCCGGCCAGACCGGGGAAGCUCCUUUUACUUUUUUUAUUUUUCCUGUAAAAAACAAAAACAAAACAAAACAAAACAAAACAACACCAAACCCAAACCAAACCAGCAAACAACCCCAACCCCACACACUUUAAGCCGAGAGCUGAGGCGCUCAGCAGACCACACUCCGCCACUGGGCGAUUAAGAAGCCGAGCCCCCCAGCCCAGGCUGAUGCCUUUGGCAACGCACGGGAAAACACGCACCCUCCUAAAAAAAAAAAAAAAAACACGCUCCUUCCCUCCCUCGCACAGGAGCUGCGGGCGAGCAGUGCCGCCCGCAGCCGCGCAGGGGCCGCGCCCACCGCACCGCCGGGGCCGCGCUGAGGGCCGCGCUCGCGUUUCCCGGGAGAAGCCCAUCCCUGCCCGGCCCGGCGGGGCCCAGCCCGCCCGGCAGGAAGCGCGGGGGGGGCAGCGCCCACCCCAUCCGCCGGGCGGGCAGCGGGGGCGGGCGGUCGCGGCGCUUCCGCGCGGGCACACCAUGGAUACCACCGGCCACAGCGUCCUCCUCCUCCAGCAGCUGAACAUGCAACGGGAGUUUGGCUUUCUGUGCGACUGCACAGUUGCCAUUGGAGAUGUUUACUUCAAAGCCCACAGAGCGGUGCUCGCUGCUUUUUCAAACUAUUUUAAGAUGAUAUUUAUUCAUCAGACGAGCGAGUGCAUAAAAAUUCAGCCUACAGACAUCCAGCCUGACAUAUUUAGUUACUUGUUACAUAUCAUGUACACUGGGAAAGGGCCAAAGCAGACUGUCAGCCAGAGCCGACUGGAGGAGGGCAUCCGCUUUCUGCACGCAGACCACCUCUCCCACAUCGCCAUCGAGAUGAACCAGGCCUUCUCCCCAGAGCCCGUCCAGUCCUCCAACUUGUACGGGAUCCAGAUCUCCACGGCACACAAGCUGGCAAAGGAGCGCCUGGGAGCGAAGGAGAGCCUGCCCAAGGCGGGCGGCAGGUCUGCGGCCCAGGGCGAUCACCCCCAGCUGCAGCUGUCCCUGGCCAUCGGCCUGGACGACGGCCCCCUGGACCAGCAGGUCGCUCGCCCCUCGGCCCAGCCCGCGGCUCUGGCCAAGCCGGCGGAGGAGCGCCCAAAGCUCUCGGUUUCCAUAAAGCAGGAGAGGUGCGACUUGGAGCCCGUGGUGUCCCAGAGCUGCACCCCUCCUUCUCCAGGGGGAGCGAGCCCCAUCCUUGCCAAGGGCAGCCUCAAGGUGCACUUGUGCCACUACUGCGGGGAGCGCUUCGACUCGCGGGAGGGGCUGCGGCAGCACCUGCACACCCAUGUCUCGGGCUCGCUGCCCUUCGGCGUCCCGGCCUCCAUCCUGGAGAGCAGCGACCUGGGCGAGGUGCAGCCUCUGGCUGAGGACAGGGAGCCUGGGGAUGGCCAUCGCCUCGGGGCUUUCCUUCUCAAGGAGGAUGAACAUCAGCUGGAGCAUCCGAGCUGCAGCGACCUGGAGCCUCUGCAGAUUGGGCAGCUCUCCCUCAUCUCCAAGGACCACGAACCGGUGGAGUUGAACUGUAACUUUUCUUUCUCAAGAAAGAGAAAGAUCAGCUGCACCGUCUGCGGCCGCGCGUUUUUCCGGAAGAGCCAGCUGCUGGAGCACAUGUACACGCACAGAGGGAAGCAGCACAAGUACAGCCGCUGCCAGCGGCUGGAGAGCCCCAGCACCCCCAGGUUUCACCCUUACUGUGACAGCGAGAGUGUGGGUAAGAGCUCCAGCUUGUCCCAGGACCACUUAGAUGAAUGUAUACUGGAGUCAGAUCUCAUCCAAGAAAGCGUCGAUACGAUCCUGGUAGAGUAAUUCUCCCCCUUCAGAUGCUGAAACUGGAUGUUUUGGCAUUCUCCACCUAGGGAGUGGCUGCUCUGUGCAGCUGAAUUUCUUGAGCCACCAUUCCCCUCACCACUGAGAUAACUGUGAAGGACUGUGUACUUUGACUUGUGUACUUGCUUUUUUUACUUCUCUAACUUAAAUUCGAGUUAAUUCCUAUCUAAAUCCUUCUUGGAAGCCUCUGUGUAACUCAGUUAUGUUUUUCCUGAAUGUGAACUUAUUCCUACUCUGCUUUACUGGAGUAAAGGCUGUAUUGCUGGGUGUGAGAUUUAAACAUUGUCUAGUACUCUGUGUGGUGCCUAGGACUGUUUGUAUCCCAUAGAAUUGCUCUUCUGAAACCAGAUGGAUGGAAGUGUAGAGGGAAAUACUUAUGGUGUUUCCCAAACAGUUUGUUUUUAAUGAAAAUAAAUAUCUCAAGGAGAUGAAUCCUGAAGUUCAUGUUGUUCAUGUAACUGCAGUUAAUAAAUCUCUGCAUAAAUAUU